AUGUCCGCAGCCACACAACAACCCAACUCUCAGCCUAAACCCCAACCCAAACCCCUCCCCCAAAACUGGCCCUCCAACAUCCCCUACCUCACCCGUCCGCUCUACUCUCCCUAUCUCUCCCCCUCCCACCUCACAGCCCUCCGGACUCGACCCCCACACGAUCCUUCAGAUCCAAUCCCAGAUAUCCCUCGAGACCUCACGUUUGGGCCGUCUGAGAAGGUCAGGAUUGAGAAGAUUACGGAUCCGAAGCACCCUUCAGACCCCAGCAUCACCUACGAUGUCAACCCCCAACAUCAUAAAGACAUCCCCCCCAGCGACGAGGACCCUAACCUCCCCGACCACAACCCACUUGAACUCGACCCCAACUACGACUACGCCCACUCCAACUACGACCUCUGGCUCUCCCGGCCCCUCAACCUAGCAAUCGACGCCUCCCGCGCCGGUAACGAAGCCCGUUUCAUAAACGACUACCGUGGUGUGCCCCUGCCCCUCUUCCCCACACCCUCGAGUCUAAUUAAUAGCACGAAAUCCAACAAGACCAAAUCGAAAAACGACCCCUGGGCAAACAAACGCAAACGCCCCAACGCGGAGUUCAAACUAGCCUGGGACCCAAGGAUCGGAGAACUGUGCAUGGCGGUGUAUGUGUUGAGAGCGGGGAGAAAUGCGAAAGGAUGGGCAAAGGAUGUGGGGAUAUUGAGGGGUGAGGAAGUGUUGGUUAGUUAUGGGAAGGGUUUUUGGAGGGAGAGGAAGGGGGAACAAGAAGGGGAGGGAAACGGGCAGUUGGAAUAG